ACAUGUCGUAGUGGAGGAGUCUCCGUAUCAAGCAAUGGAACCCAAGGAAGAAGGGAACGAUCAGGAUCCAUCAUAGGCGGCCAGCAAAAUAAUGCUGAUCUCCCUUCAUCAUCUUCACAACACGUACACCAUACACCUCAACAAAACAUCAAUCAGCAACAUCUUGCGGAUACUGGCAUGGACAGUCACAACAAUCGAAUCAGACAUUGUAAAGGAGCAUAAGCCAAGAAGAGAGCGCCGAGAACGAAGUAGGCGGGAUCGAACAUCACGCCAAUCACAACAACAGCAACAAAAUGAUUUAAAUAAAGAUGAAAUGAGCAACACUAACAAUAACAGUAAUGACGGAUCCAUGAAACAACAGCAACAAACAACUCACCGAGUGAUAGUCGAUCCUAAUAGCUUUCAGCGCCAAAUUCUACAGCCUAAUCCCAAUAGUAGCGGCGGUAAUGAUCGGAAAGUGGCGAUGGCAGGAGGAGCAAGCACUCGUAGUGUAGGCGAACUAUACGAUGAUGAUUCGCGGGAUUAGAUCCUGGGAAGUUAAUUAAUCGGAGACAAGCCCCUGCAGUAGAACGGUUUAUUCUUGGCAGGGCACUAGCGCUAGUACAAAGCUCAAACCAACAGCAGCAAUCACAACAACAACCACAACAGCAGCAGCAACAGCAACCA